AACCAGUCCAGUCAGAUCAGUCAGUUUCGAGAAAAAAGUUGACAUUUGUGUGGCGUAGAGUGGCGAGUGACGGACGAUAUCCGACUCUGCACGACGACGACACGGUCGAAAAUUCGGUUAAAAAAUAAAUUGAAAUAAAUAACCCGUUUAUCAAUAAAUGAUAGUGAUUAUUAUGUGACAAAUCCCCAAAAAAAAAAAAAGUUGAAAAUUUUUUACAAGAAAAAUAAAAAAUUUAACGAAAAUAGGAAAAAAAUCAAUCAUCGCCAAGUGGGAAAAAAAUAAUCCCAAGGAAAAUCCACCAUCACACACAAUAAUAAUAAAUCAGUACAUCUCUUUCUAACAAAGAGUAAUCGCGAUUGCUAUACAAUAGUGUUGUUUCUUUCAUUCUGCCUUGAAAAUUUCUCUUCCAAAAUAAAUAGACAUAUUUUUUUUCUUCUUGCCUUUUCGUCUUGGAUUUUUUUUUUUUUUUUUUCAAAUAAAUUCGUCCUCUUCUUCUAGUGUGAAAAAGAGAAACAAACCCAACAAGAUAAAAAAGAUACACAAACAACCUGUCUUUUUAUCAACUAAAAUAAAAAUACCAACAAAAAAGUGGGAGUGAGUGAAACUACCACUCAAAGAAAAAAAAAGGAUUAUCUUUCUUAAAGUGCAAGAAGUUGUUGAAAAAAAAAAAAAAACAACAACACUCGUAAAAAAAUCGUUAUCGACAUGCAAUUGGAAGAAAAUUAACGAAAAAGAAGAAUUUCCAAAAGCACCUUCAUCGUCGUCGCCGUCUCUCGUUAUUCCUGCUGUGAUUUUCACCUUUUCGUGUGUUUCUCUUCUCUCUCCCCAAAUAUACGCGUAUUGCUACUGUUGUUGUUGUCUUUUGUCUCGUAGUGGUGUAUUAGUGUGCGCGAAGCACCUACACCUUUUUUCCUUUUUACCUUUUCUGAUCCUUUUCUCUCGACUUGAACGAGAUAUAUUUAUUUGUGUGUGUGAUUUUGUCUGUUUUCGUUCUUGUUCGGACGUGAAUUUUUUUUAUGUUGGUGAUGUUUACAUGAAGAAAUCAAAAAUCAAUGAAAAAUCGUUAAAUAAAAAAAGGAAACGUGCAUCAACGGGCACCGUGCCUUUGUGUUUAUUUGUUGUCUUUAUUUUUUCUUCUCUCUAAUUGAUAUCCAGUUAGAUAUUUAAUACAAGUGCAAAGGGUUACACAAUUUAAAAUUAAUUAGGCUUUGAGAGAAAAAAAAUGUGCAAUAAAAAUUGAUUCAAGAAGUUUUUUUUUGCGUUUGUUUUUUGCUUUUUUCUUUCGUUCAUUCGUGGCCCUGGAACAGCAGAAGCUAGCUAUUUCCAUUUAUAUGUUUUGUUUUUGUUGUGAAACAAAUUGAAUUUGCAAAAAGAUUCUUGUUUUUUUUUUGCAAAUCAAUAUUUUUAGUGGAAGUUGAGCGAAAAAAAAGGGGGCGAAAAAUCCUCUUGUUCGUGUUUUUUUUUUUUUGCUUGUUCGCCCCCAAAGUAAAAGAGUGGCAAGAGUAAUAGCAGAAAUCAAGGAGUAAUAGAAAAUACAAAAAAAGAAGAAUAAUAAUAAAAAAAAAGAGAAGGAUUAAAACAAAAAAGCAACGAAAGAAGAAACUACUACCUUUUCAAGGUUUUUUUUUUCUUUUUUUUUAAAUAAAAUUUUAAAAAGAAUAUAAAUUAUAACACGCAACGAAAGAAGAGAAAUUUUGUAAAAAUGUCUUCGACAUCAGUUGAAACACCAUCGCCAACAACCCCGCCACCCUUGCAUCCGACAACAGUUAUAGCUGCAACGUCUAUUAUAACAACUGGGGGUUGUGGGGGUGUGACAACAUUAACAACAACAACAAACACUUCCUCAACAACAACAACAAACCAUUCGACCCCAAACAGCAUUAAGAAGACAACAGCCACACCGAAAAUGUCUCGGACUAUUCCAGCUGAUAAGAUAAAUCUCCGAUUAAUACUCGUUAGCGGUAAAACAAAAGAAUUCCUAUUCAGCCCCUCAGACUCAGCUGGUGAUAUCGCACAAACAGUAUUCGAUAAUUGGCCCGAUGAUUGGGAACGUGAAAUUGUUUCGAAAGCCGAAAUACUUCGUCUCAUUUAUCAAGGUAGAUUCUUACAUUGCAAUGUAACAUUAGGUGCACUAGGACUUCCAUUGGGCAAAACGACUGUAAUGCAUUUAGUUCCGCGUGAUAAUCUGCCAGAACCCAAUUCACAAGAUCAACGGCAAAAAAGUAAAGGUGGAUCCAGUAGAUGCUGUUCAACGACAUGCUGUAUUUUGUAACUAGGUGUAAUAAAUCGUUUAUUUUUAUAUAAAUAUUAAAUAUUAUUAUUUUUUUAUAUAUAAUUAUUCUAUAUAAUUUUUAAAUUUAGUUUUUUUUAGAUUAAAUAUUAUAUGUAUACAAAAAAAACUAUAUAAAUAAAUUCGUUAUGUUUCAUGUUUUUUUUUUUUUUGGUUUUGAUUUAAUCGAAAUUAUAAAUAAUGUAUGUUUAGUUUUUUAAUUUUUAGUAAAACAAAAUUUUUAUAUACUAUAAAAAAAAUCUUAAAUUUAAAUAAAAAAAAAAUAAUAAAAAUUUUAUUUUCGUCCGCUUUACUUUUUGCAAGUGCAUAUAAAUAUAUAUUAUAUACUUAUACACAAAACAAAAAAAAAAACAAGAAAACAAAAAAAAAAUCACCUAACUGAAAAAUGUAUAUUACUAAAGUAAACUUUAGAUUACUGAAUGUGAGAUUAGAUUAAUAUAUAAAUAGAUAUAAAAAAAGAAAAAAACAAAAAAAAAACUGGAAUAGAAUACAAAAACAA